UUAAGGAGAGAGGCAGAAAGGAUGUGUUUACAAGAGGACUACUAGGUAGAAACCUCAGUUCUCCUAGCUCUUUCUGAACUGCAGAUCCUUCACCCACAACUGUCACUUGAUAAUUUUUCUCCGUUGGCCUCUCGCCACCCAGUGGUGGAUUUCUGCCUUCGACCUCAGCAAUUCCUUCCCUCUUGCUCUGGUCCUUUGGAGUCCCUGAACCAAAGGUCAGCCCAAAGGGGGUCUUCCCAGCGCAGGCGCACUCGCUGUUCUUGGGAGGUGGGACAGGGAGUAGGAGAGGGAGCACUUGAGGCAGGACUCAUCUCAGGGUCCCAAGCAGAGAAGGAGGAAGAGCCAGUAGCACCCGAAUGUCCCUAAUGUACUCAUCCCAGAAGCCCGGGGGUGGGGCCCUAUCUUUGUUCUGACACAGGGACCUGGAGCUGGGGGAAUUUCCCCAGCUUGGGGUUCCGGGCUCUUCCAGCCAUCAUGCAUAAAAGGGGCUCACAGAGCCCUGGAGUCCCAGAUCGCGCUGCCACCUGCACUUCGCACCAGUUCCUGCGCUCCAGACUCCAGCCACACUCCAGCCCAGCGCCAUGGCCCCUCCCACCUGCCGCCUCCUCACUGCUGCGCUGCUCCUGCUGCUGCUGCUGGCCACCGGCCACCAGGCUACAGGGGCCGUCUUGGCCAGUGAGCUGCGCUGUCAUUGCCUGCACACCCAACAAAGGGUUAAUUUUGAGACCAUCCAGAGCUUGACAGUGAAGCCCGCAGGACCCCAUUGCACCCAGAUAGAAGUCAUAGCAACUCUGAAGGAUGGUCAGGAAGUUUGUCUCAACCCUGAAGGUCCCAGGCUUCAGAAAAUCAUCCAGAAGAUACUGAAGAGUGCCAAGUCCAGCUGAGCGGGGAAGGAGGAAGCCCCUCACCAUGAUGGAGGACCUGCCUUGUAAGGCAGAAAAAAGUGAUCCAGCCCAAUGCCGUCGGCUGUGCCUUCACAGGCUUGUUUUGAACAACUCCCGAGAGUUCAUACCUAUUUAUUUUCCCCAAAUUCUAUGUUAAUAUUUUACAUGUAAAAAAAAAAAAAAACUAAGGAUGUAAUUGAAUCUGCUUUCAACAUAGCAUCUUAUUUAAUGUUUAUUUAAUAUCGAGUCUAAGUUUAACCAAUCCUUAUUCUUAAUCUGAAGGUUGAAGGGUUUCAGAUUCCCUCAGGGAAUUAUAUUGCUAUUUCUGAGGCCUUUUUCCCAGGCUGACCAUUGUGGUGGCAGCUGGGGAAGUCAGGAAACAGACAAACAAGGUCAUCUCGGUGUAGGAAGGAUUUAUGUGCACAUCUAGUUCUGUAACUAUACAAGAUUCUCCGCUGUUAUUUAUUGAAAUGGCUUUACAGUGUCCCAUGAAUGAUCAGCUUUGCAUUGUAGCUUUAUGAGUUGUAGUGUACUAUAUAUUCCUUAGACAUUUUAAGUGAUUUUUGUGUAAGGCAGAAUGACUGUUUAAUUCCUCUCUGUCUUAG